GAAAUCGUCACGCCAUGGUAUUGCAUUGAAUAUACACAAUCCAUUGUCAUUAUAUCAAGGUGGUUUCAGUAAACAUCGCGAGACAGUUUUCAUAGUCCAUGGCUUUAAUGGCACUGCCAUCGAUAGGCAUUUGCAGUUUUUAAGGGAUGCGUAUCUAUCUAGAGAUUUUAAUGUCAUCACUGUCGACUGGAGGCCAUUGACGCAGUAUCCCUGUUAUUUGAGUGCUUUAAUAAAUACCCGUUUGACAGCACAAUGCACGGCCCAGAUAUAUUCCUUUCUUACGCAUCACGGUGCGGCUCGAGAAAAAAUCACUUGUGUUGGUCAUUCAUUAGGUGCCCAUAUCUGUGGCAUGGUGAGCAAUCACUUAAGUAUUAAACAAUACAGAAUUAUUGGUCUGGAUCCAGCCAGACCCUUAAUCGAGCGCAAAAAACCCAAUCGUUUUCGUUUAUCAAUGGAUGAUGCCAAUGUAAUACAAAUAUUACAUACAAAUGCUGGAUUUCUGGGUCUGGAAGAUAAUACGGGACAUUUGAAUUACUGUUUAAAUGGUGGAAGACUACAGCCCUAUUGUAAAGGAAAUCCUAUAAGACGUGCUAGAUGUUCCCAUUUCUUAAGUAUAUGUUAUCUGGCUUCAGCCACAUUUAAACAUAAAAAAUACUUAGGUGUACCUUGCCCAAAUGGUUGUGUAGAUAUCACUGGUCCCAAAAGACUGCCUAUAACAAAAAAUAAUCCAUUUGAGUUGGUAGCGCAAAUUAAAGAGUACUACAUGGGCAACGAUGCCCCCGAUAACGCCAGAGGUUGUUACUGUUUAGAUGUACCCUAUGUUCGACAUUGUCCAUUUACUGAUAUAACGUAAAAAAAAAUAUAUUUUAUUUAUAGUUUUAAUUUUAUUUUAAUUUUGUAUAUUUAAC